AUGUCUAUAUAUUUUUCUUUCUUUCUUUCUUUCUUUCUUUCUUUCUUUCUUUCUUUCUUUCUUUCGACAUCUUCGUAUCUCAUAAAACCAGCCAGCUUUACAUAUGUCUAUAUCUUUUCUUUCUUUCUUUCUUUCUUUCUUUCUUUCUUUUUCUUUCUUUCUUUCUUUUUCUUUCUUUCUUUCUUAUCUCAUAAAACCAUACAGCUUUAUAUAUGUCUAUAUCUUUUCUUUCUUUCUUUCUUUCUUUUUUUCUUUCUUUUUUUUUUUUUCUUUUUUUUCUUUUGUCGACAUCUACGUUUCUUCGAAUUAAAACCAGCCAUCUUUUUACAUAUGUCUAUAUCUUUUUCUUUCUUUCUUUCUUUCUUUCUUUCUUUCUUUCUUUCUUUUUCUUUCUACAUCUUCGUAUCUCAUAAAACCAGCCAGCUUUACAUAUGUCUAUAUCUUUUUCUUUCUUUCUUCCUUUCUUUCUUUCUUUCUUUCUUUCUUUCUUUCUUUCUUUCUUUCGACAUCUUCGUUUCUCAUAAAACCAGCCAGUUUUACAUAUGUCUAUAUCUUUUUCUUUCUUUCUUUCUUUCUUUCUUUCUUUCUUUCUUUCUUUCUUUCUUUCUUUUUUCGACAUCUUCGUAUCUCAUAAAACCAGCCAGCUUUACAUAUGUCUAUAUCUUUUCUUUCUUUCUUUCUUUCUUUCUUUCUUUCUUUCUUUCUUUCUUUUUACAUCUUCGUAUCGUUUUAAAACCAGCCAUUUACAUAUGUCAUCUUUUCUUUUCUCUUUCUUUUCUUUUCUUUUCUUUUUUUUCUUUCUUUCUUUCUUUCUUUCUUUCUUUCUUUCUUUCGACAUCUUCGUUUCUCAUAAAACCAGCCAGUUUUACAUAUGUCUAUAUCUUUUCUUUCUUUCUUUCUUUCUUUCUUUCUUUAUUUUUUUUUCUAAAUUUUUUUCUUUUUUUCUUACAUCUUCGUAUCUCCUUUUUUCUUUCUUUUUUCUUUCUUUCUUUUUUUCUUUCUUUCUUUAUUUAUUUCUACAUUUCGUUUCUUAAAACUUUCCUUUUUUAUAUGUCAAUAUCUUUUUUUCUUUCUUUCUUUCUUCCUUUUUUCUUUUUUUUUCUUUUUUUUCUUUCUUUCUUUUUUUUUUUAGAAUAUGUCUAUAUCUUUUCUUUUCUUUCUUCUUUCUUUUCAUUUUCUUUCUUUCUUUCUUUUUUUCUUUCUUUUUAUCUCACAUCUUCGUUUCUCAUAAAACAGCCAUGUUUUUAUCUUUUCUUUCUUUCUUUCUUUCUUUUCUUUUUUUUUUCUUUCUUUCUUUCUUUCAUCUUUCUUCUGUUUUUUAAACCUUUUCUUUUUCAUUUGUUUAUAUUUUUUUUCUUUCUUUUUCUUUCUUUCUUUCUUUUCUUUCUUUCUUUCUUUUUUUUCGACAUCCUCGUUUCUUCAUUUUCUUUCUUUUUUUACAUUUCUUUCUUUCUUUUCUUUUUUUUUUUCUUUUUUCUUUUUCUUUUUUAUUUUUUUUCUUUUCUUUCUUUCUUUUUUCUUUUCUUUCUUUAUUUCUUUUUUCUUUUCUUUCUUUUCUUUAUUUCUUUCUGA